UCACUUAGGAUUUGUUUAUUUCAGGCAAAUAAUUAAUAAUCCUUUAACACAAACUGAACUUUCACGUAAUGUAACAAAUUAAUGCAUGUUUCCUGUUUCCUUAAAUGUGCAUGCCACAAAAGAAAGGUUACCUCCUCAUCAGGAAGAAUGCUGACUAACUUGUUUAGAGGUGUGUAGCAAAAACUGUCAUACAUAACGCAACCUGCUGUGGCUAUUCAGUGUAGCUCCUGCUUUGCAUUCUGCUUUCCUGAGCAAACUAUAGGACCUACAAGAGACCUUUCUCCUUCCUGAAGCCUCUUCCUGUUGACUCAAAUUCCUCCUGAGCACUAAAGGUAGGAGUUCAUCUCAACAAAACACAUCAGUGGCAUCUCCUCAGGGAAGACGAAGUGUACAAUGGGGCCCAAUCUUCAGAAGCAGGCCAAGAAGUUCAAAAAGGUGCCCCAAGUGGCCUUAAUGGGCCUGGACUCAGCUGGGAAAUCCACUCUGCUCUACAGGCUUCAACGAGGGGUCAUCAUGGAAACUUCACCGACCAUAGGCUUCAACGUGGUCACCCUGGAGCUGAACAAGAAGUCAGUGCUUACAGUUUGGGAUAUAGGUGGCCAGAAGAGUCUGAGGCCCAACUGGAGGCAUUAUCUGGAUGGAUGCAAGGCGCUAGUGUUCGUGGUGGAUGCCAGUGACAGGACCCGCAUGGAGGAAGCAAAGAUGGCUCUGAAGACCAUUUUAAGCGACCACAACCUGGAAAAUGUUCCACUGAUGGUCUUGGCUAAUAAAACAGAUAUACCAAACUCGAUGACAUUAAAUGAAGUGUGUCAACAGCUGGAUUUAGAAAGCUGCACUGACAGGAUUUGGGAGAUCCAGGCAUGCAGUGGUUUAAGAGGACGGGGACUGCAGCAGGCUUUCCUGUCUGUGGCCAAACUGAUUCAGAAGAAGUGAGGGAAGAUGGCAUCAAUGGGCAUGACCAGUACUCAAAUAUGAGUUUUUGGAAUAACCAGAAUUCUAGCUAAAGACUGAAAGCUAAUGAGAAUGAAAAGAGAAUGGGGUAUUAACACUUAAAAGAGGGUAGAUGACCGAAUGAGUGACAAAUCAUAUAAGCUGCUUCUCGACGAACUACAAAAAGGGGAAGUGUAAACAACAAGGAAGUUUCAAGACAUUUUUUUUUUACUGGUUGAGACACGAAACCAAAGACAUGUAUUGCAGAAGUGUCAAA